AAUAUUGGAGAUUUCGCCCUGAUACCAACUCACGUGCAAAUAUAAUUUACGAUGAUGCAAGAUUCUCAUCCGAACGACCACUGCAAUCUUCCGUCUGUAUUAAUCCAACAAAUACAACCCGUCCGUUAGAGGAGAUGUCAUCAUGGAUAUCCCAUUCCGUAUCAAGCCAUAAGGCGCAGCUCAUAACCACCGCCGUGGUCAGCGGAGCGUUUUUCUCAUGCGCGAUCCUCACAUUUCAGAGCAUUCGGCGACGACAGCGCGUGGAGGAUCUAAAAGCAUCCAUUCCAUCGAUUUCGGAUGAACAUCUGGCGACAAAAUUGACCGAGUUCGGCGCCGCAUCGGAGGUCUUUGCGCCCAGCAAAGAAGAUGAGCACAGUCGAGCGCUUGCCAUCCGCGCCCAGCAAGGGGAUUACGACGAUGAGCUGAUCCUCGAGCAAUUGGCUCGCAACCGCGUCUUCUUGAACGAUGAAGGACUCUCUGCGCUCCGCUCAUCGUUUAUCGUCGUCAUCGGCCUGGGUGGCGUUGGCUCGCAUGCUUGUGCUGCCCUGGCCCGGUCCGGCGUCAGCAAUAUCCGGCUGAUUGAUUUUGACCAGGUGACGCUGUCGUCGCUGAACCGACAUGCUGUAGCGACGCUGGCGGAUGUAGGCACACCCAAGGUGCAUACCCUCCGUCGUCGCUUGGAGCAAGUCGCCCCGUGGGUGCACUUCGAUUGUUGCAAUGAGAUGCUCACCGCUCAAUCGGUAGAGCGGUUGCUGGGUAGUCUGCCGGAUGGGAGGAAACCCGACUUUGUCAUCGAUGCGAUUGACAAUAUUGAAACGAAGGUCGACCUGCUGCAUUACUGCCAUAAGAAUGACAUCCCCGUGAUCUCUUCGAUGGGCGCGGGCUGCAAGUCCGAUCCGACGCGCAUCUUCAUCGGUGAUAUCUCCGCGAGUACCGAUGAUCCACUCUCGCGCUCUGUGCGGCGACGACUUCGACUCCUCGGCGUUGCGGAUGGCGUCCCCGUGGUAUUCUCAUCGGAGAAGUUCGUUCCCGGAAAGGCCAAAUUACUGCCGCUACCGGACGACGAGUUCGAGAAGGGAAAAGUGGGCGAGCUGGGCGUCAUGCCGGACUUUCGUGUUCGGAUCCUCCCCGUGCUGGGGACCAUGCCAGCAAUGUUCGGGCUCACGAUCGCAAACCAUGUCAUACUAGAGAUCACCGGCUAUCCGCACGAGUACAUCGCGAGUAAAGGGAGGGAGAAACUAUACGAAGGAGUUCACGGUGGGCUCCUUGGGUAUGAACAGAAGCUCGCGAGGCAUUGGGGCUUUGACCAAGAGGGAUUGCGAAUGCCUCUCAGCGCCGCGGAUGUUGGAUAUCUCAUUGAGGAGGUGUUCCGCGGCAAGAGCGUGGUGAGCGGUCUACAUACCAAACUCGCGCUGGUCAGAUGGCGUCCACCACCGGCCGACUUUGUGGAUACGAGCAUUCCGGGGCAAAAAGUGACGAAGUUGAACAUACAGGAUGUCGUCUGCAUGACGCGGGAUGAAGUAGCAGUACAUGAGAAGGAAGUCCUGAAGCCAGGCAAAAACCCAGAAGACUACUACGAUGCAUCGAUUGUUGCACUGGUCAAGAGGAGGCAUGCAGAGGAGGCGGAAUUCGCGAAAUUCCGAUAUUAA